CAGCUGCGUCACUGCAUGAAAUGUGACAUAACCUCAAUUUAUCCCUUGUCAUUUUCUACACAUUUCAUCGUUUUUAACCACGAUUUCACUAAACAUGGGUGCCCCACUCGAAGUCCUCCAAGAAUGCAUGAACAACACAUCCUGCAUACGAAAUGUAUGCAUUUUGGCACACGUGGACCAUGGCAAGACUACAAUCGCGGAUUCUUUGCUAGCCACAAAUCGUUUAGUAAGCAAACGCAUGGCUGGUCUAGUCAGAUAUUUGGAUGAUCGACUGGAUGAGCAAGAGCGUGGAAUUACCAUGAAAAGUAGUGCAGUUUCUUUGAUAAAUUUAGUAGAAGAUGAAGAUACGAAAGAAGAAAAGCCGCUUUUGUUGAAUUUAAUUGAUACACCUGGACAUAUUGAUUUUUCGUCAGAGGUGGGCGCAGCCCUACGCGUCUGCGAUGGGGCUCUAAUUGUAGUCGAUUUAGUGGAAGGUGUGUGCGUACAAACACGCGAAGCCAUCAAACAGGCGUUUACAGAACGGUGUAAAAUGAUAUUAAUUUUAAAUAAAAUUGAUAAAUUAAUUGUGGAGUUGCACAAGGAAGUGAACGACAUUUUCCAGUCGAUUUUACACGCGAUUGAGAACUGCAAUGCGAUAGUUGCAGAACUUUACCAAUACGAAUAUUGCAAUUCCGACAUCGAUAUUGAAGAUACCGGACUUUUAUUUUCACCUGAUGUCGGAAACGUGAUUUUUGCAAGUGCCAUCGACGGUUGGGGCUUUACCACCAAACAAAUAUCUUCCAUGUUUAUCAAUACUAUAAAAAGUGAAACCCUGGACUCGCUAAAUACGAAAUUGUGGAAUUUUGAUGCCUACGUCGACGGUAAAACAAACACAAUUAAAUUAGGAGCGAUAGAAAAAGGCAAAACGAACUUAUUUGUCCAGCUGUGUAUAAAAACGAUAUUUCACAUCUACUCGACUAUAGUGUUACAAAUGCAGAAGGACAAAGUUAAUACUAUUGCUCAGAAAUUGAACAUUACCAACUUGACACGAGAAAUGAACCAUACGGACCCGAAAAUCCAAGUAAAGGCCAUAAUGCAAGCCUGGAGCCCCUUAGCAGAAAUCAUUUUACACCAAUGUAUGAAAAUUAUUUCACCACCGUCAAAUAUGGGUGCAGAGAGAAUUAAAUAUCUCCUUGAUUUUAAUAAAUUUUGCGAAAAUGAGUUUCACAAAAAUUGCCUCGAAAAAUUAAUAACAAUUUUCAAAUCGUGUUCAUCUGACGAUUCAACACCUUGUACUGCAUAUGUUUCGAAGAUGUUUUGCGUCGACAAUAAGAAUUUGUCACAAAAUAAACCUAAAGUUUUUAUCCCGAAGCCGAGACCUAAAAAUACUGAACCAAAACAGGACAGCGAACAAGCUAACCACACGAAUGAUAAAUCGGAAGAGAAAAAUAACACUGAAGAAGAGAAACUUCAGGAUGAAUUUUCUAUAAUUGCUUUAGCGCGAGUAUUCACCGGUUGUCUUAAAACAGGUCAAGAGAUUUAUGUUUUGUCACCUCAAUACGUCCCUGAAGAACAGAAAACAAGUGUCAAGCAUGCCCAGUUGGUGAAAAUUAAAGAACUUUAUAUGCUUUUUGGUCGCGAAUUGGUUCUAGUUGAUGAGAUAACCGCCGGUAAUGUAUGUGGUAUAGGGGGCCUUGAGUCGGCUAUAGUUCGCACAGCAACUUUGUCGGCCAGUUUACAUUGUGUACCAUUUAUUGAACACCCUUCGCAGCCUCCCAUAGUACGAAAUUCCAUCGAACCGGUCAAUCCUAAAGACGUUCCAAUUUUAAGACAGGGCUUGCGGGUAUUAAUGCAAAGCGAUUCUUGCGUCCAAGUCGUAAUCGAAGAGUCAGGAGAGUAUGUUUUAUUAACAGCAGGAGACGUACAUCUCGCUAAAUGUCUAGAAGACCUGACUACGAAAUUUGCCAAAAUUGAAAUCAACGUCUCUAGUCCGAUGGUCUCUUUGAGAGAAACUGUAACUCAUGGAAGCAACAAAAAUGACUUUAAGAAAGAUUUGGAGAAUUCGGUAAUAGUAGAAUUGGCCCAGAUUCGCUUAACCGUAGUUGUAGUCGCUUUACCAGACGUUAUAGCCAAUGAAAUCGAAAAGAAUUAUAAAUUGUUGAAUUCAGUUGAAGAACACCAACAAACCAACGGAUUCGAAUUGUUCGCCAAACGCGAGUCAAAACCUGAAGAUUUGAAGCCACCUAGUUUAAAAAUAUUUAAAAGUGACACCACUAAUCUCUCACUUAAACAUGUGAGAGAACAAUUGAGUGGGGUUUUCGAUUCGUGCAAAGGUAUUUGGACUAAAAUAAAAAAUAACAUAUGGAGUGUUGGGCGCAUGUCGGACAGUAUAAAUUUGUUAAUCAACGGAACUAGUGAUUACUCCAGGAAUAUUUUCGAAACUUUAGAUGAGAAAGAUGUGCGGUCGUGUUUCGAUCACUUUGUAGUAAACGCCUUUAAUUCGUGUUGCAAAGCCGGCCCUCUAUGUGAAGAGCCAUUGAAGAACUGUGUUUUCCUAAUCAAAAAUUUUGAAGUUAUCCAUGACGAAAUUUUGGAUGGAACAACCAAAACCAGUGUAAAUAUCGAAUCCACUUUAAGUUCGGCUUUUCGCGAAGCUUUCGAAAAACAACAACAAAGACUCAUGGAACCGAUGUUUACGACGAGUAUUCAAGUCAACACAAAUAUUUUAGGAAAAGUCUAUUCAGUCGUGAGUAAACGACAUGGGAAGGUUUUGGACGCCGUCGGAAUGGACGAACAAGAGAAAAGCUUCCUCGUCAAAGCCCAAAUUCCGGUUGUCGAAAGUACGGGUUUUGCUAACGAAAUGAGAAAAACGACCUCUGGACAAGCGAUUCCGACUUUGAAGUUCAGCCAUUUUGAAAUCAUAGAUGGCGAUCCGUUUUACGAACCGGUGGAAGACGAUGAAGAUGAGGAAGACGUAAAUGUGGAAUCGGCAAUCAGGGCUACCAAACUGAGAAAAGCGAUAAGAAAACGGAAAGGGUUGCACGUGGAGGAACAGGUGGUCGUGCAUGGGGAAAAACAGAGGACGCUCAAUAAGAAAAAAUAGAAAUCAAAGUAAAACAGAAACAUGAAUAAAUAUUUUCGUAAAAUAUGAUUUUGUUUGUUUUUGUGGGCAGGGGAACGGUUGGUAUUUGGGAAUGUCGAAUUUUUAGAACGAUUAAAAUUAUUGGGUUUGAAAUAAAAUACGUACAUAUAUCGAAUCAAAAAAUAAAAAGUAAAGUGAUAUUUUUGAAAAGAAGAUAGUUGGACAUAAUUAUGAUAAAAAAUGCACUACAAAACGAAAUAAAACAAUUAUUUCACAACAACAUAAAAGAAAACAACAAAAUGAUGUAAUCUUGGACAUUGGGAACAUUUUAUACAACAAAUACAAAAUUGAAUAAAACUGAAGACGAAAAAUUAUCACCCAAGAAGGCAAAUUGUCGAAUAAAAAUUUAUAACUUAAAGGAAAAAAAGGAAAUGGAAUAAUCUAACGUCACAGCUUGGAAUAAAAUUAAAGAUAAAAGAACAAAACAAAGACAACUAAAGUUAAAUAAACAUAAAAUGUGAUCAAAAAUUUGCAUAUUGCCGCUUAACACUAAAAAAAUAUAUGAAAUGGAAGAAAAACAUAUAAACCAGAAAGAAUGGAAACAAGAGAAUAAAUGUUUGAUGUUCUUGUGACACUGAAAACAUAGUGGAAAUAGAUUUGGGAACUUCUUAUUGCACGAGUGUAGUAAAAUAUCAAAAAUCGUACCUGGCGAACUUUCCUCUCCCAAAGUGGGGCUCCUCACCCUCUUUUGAGGUUUUCGUACACUUGAGGGCUUCUCAGGUUCAAGGAACACAUUCGGACUAUCAAUGUUUUCAUUUUUCGCAGGUUUGCAAUUUUCGAUAUUCUCAAUACAGUCAUAGUACGGUGUCUGAUCCUCUUUAAUACCCAACCGCUGUUCUUGAGUUAUCACCAAGGGUUUUAAUUGUGGCCUCUCUUUUCGCGGUGUCUCCUCUAACCUCAUUUUCAAGUGUAACUGUCCCGAAAGAGAUAACAGUCUCAAAACAGCCCCUCGUUUUUUUCUCGAAAGUAGCAAAAAAUACGUGGCGGUGUGAUAAUCAUAUUUCCAUUUUUUCAAAUGGCGCCACAUUCUUUCGGGGUUUACGUUGUAAUACGAUGCCAUAACAUCGACACAAUCUUUGUCGUACUUUUUCAAAUCUAUUGAAUUGUAAUCGACUGGAUCGAGAAUACCCAACGUAAGCCAACGGUGUGAGAGGAGUUCUUGAACGGUGAUGCGUUUUUUGGGGUCCACUUGGAGCAUGCAACUAAUGAGGCGUUUGCUUUCGGGAGACAGGAAAGGGGGCUCCGCGUAUUUGCCACUCUGAAAAAAUUAUCACACAUUAUUUUUUGACAAUGACAAGCAGAUCUGACACAAAAUGCAACUUUUACGUAUGAAAAAUGUCACCAAGUAAGUUUGUAAAAUGCAACCGCCAGAUUCCAGUAGUUCAGAAAGUGUCUACAGCACAAUUUUGCAAAGCAUCGAACCGAUUUUACUGAAAGGAAACGGUCACGUGACCCUCUUUGGCCUCAACAACCACUUUAGCCCCGCAAUACCAAGCCGAUUGAGGAUGAAAGUGGCCCCAGAAGAAUAUGCUUUAACGAUUUUUCUCAUUAAUAAGGUGUUAAAAAGAAAUAUCAUCAACAAUUUCAUUUGGUUUUUCUGUGGUUGCUUCACGUUUUGUUGCACUCUGGGCUGUUCAAUGUGUCCGGUGAUUUAUUUUAAUAAGAGAACUAUAAAGUCGUUACAUAAUACAUUAAAAUCAGAAAAUAACCGGUUGUAUAAUAAACUUGGAAUGCACUGGUCCUUACACAAACAACACAUUGGACCUUUUAAUAUUGUAGAAUAUGUAAUAGUAAUUAAUUUUUUACCAAAACCAGA